AUGGACUCCUAUAACCCGUCCUUCUUUAAUCAGACCAGUGCUCACCAGCAGUUCGGCACCUCGCCCGCCCACGCCCAGCCCGCCCACGGCCCGCCGCCCCCGCAGUUUGCACAGGGCAUCCAGCCGCCUCACCACCCGGCCUUCAGCAAUGGCGCCGCUGCAGCGGGCGGCGGUGGCUUCCCGCUGGCCUCGAGCAUGGGCAUGGGUAGCGCCCAAGCCAGCGCCGGUGGGGUCAUGAUGCAGCCAGGCGCGAUGCAGCAGCAGUCGCCGCGAGUCCCGCAGAGUCCCUUCACCACCGCGUCCUUCUCCACCCCCAUCCAAGCUCCCUUCCAGUCCUUCAACUCGCCCUCCCGCCACGUCUCGCCGUAUGCGGCCACUCCCACCAAGCAGCAGCAGUUCCCCUCGCAGUCGCUGCCGGACUCAUCCCAGCCCAUGGCCGCCCCGGUGAGCCUGCCGUCGCAUUCCGCUGCGCCCAAGCCGCAGCCCCAGGGCCCGCCCGCGAAGCCCGCCAUCGGCGCCCCCGCCUCGCCGGGCCAGCUGCAGCGCGAGCGCGAGCAGAUCACCCUGCUGCUCGACAUCAACCGCGAGCUGCUCCAGGAGAUCCUGCGCCUGCAGGAACAGGGAAAGGGCGGCGUCAUGGGCAGCCAGCCCGACGCCAACAAAGACGGCGACGCGCCUAAGCAAGUGGCGUCCAAGGAGUACAUCGACUGCAUGCGCCGCUUGCAGGCCAAUUUGUCGUACCUUGCGACCUUUGCCGACCGCAACGCCAACCCGAGCAAGCCCGUGCCCCCCGGCCCCGCCAUAAUGACCGUGCCGCCCGCGCCACAGCCGCUGAACGAGAUGUAUACGAAGCUCCAGGGCCUCUUCCCCGGCUGGAAGGGCCAGCUGCUGAAGCCCGGCGGCGCCCCUGGUCAGGGCAGUCCCCAGAGACCAGGCAUGCCGCAGCAGCAGCAGCAGUCGCCGCAGCCUCCUUCCCAGGGCUGA